UCCUGUCUGAUUUAUGACAUCUUGGAAAAGUGGAAGUUGCAACCAAUAUGACAGACUUCUACAAAAAAUGCCAUCUCCAGAGGAGAAACAGGAGCAGUCGUGACUUCCAGUAUUGAAAAGCUGCGUUGCUCGUUAUUGCUUCAAAACAGGAUCUUGGCAAACUGAAAACUGGGUAUGAACUUAUGUAACUCAGAGAGUUUAUCAUUGCAGGAGUAGUCAAUUCAGAGAAUUUAACAUUUGCCCUGGAUUUGACAAGGCAGGUUUAUUUUUGUCUCCUGAACUUCAAGCAGAUUAAAAAAUACACGCAAAACCUGAACUGUCAGAUUUUGAUUUGUGAGGCACAGCUGUCCUCUAUCAGCUGACAGCAAAUGCUCACAUGGGUUUUUAAGAUUUUGAAACCUGGCCUUGACUGUGUGUAAAAACUACGGAAACAUAGAUAGUCUAAUGCAGCAAGAGUUACAUACCCUACAGAGGUCACAGCUAACAAUUGAUGCAUAAUUUCAUGAGGUGGCAAAUGUCCCUAUAGUUUGUAGUCAAAUGGAGCAUUAAUUUAUUAACUGUGUGUUUAGUUUGUGUUGUAUAACUACUUGGACUUCGUCAAUUCACUCUAAAAGGAAAGACAGACAAGAUGCAAACAAUGAGAGGUGAAACCAUUUUGGGAAUCAUUAUUUUGUUAUUUGUACAUUCAGUUACUGGAUGUCCAGAAAGAUGUCAAUGCAACAUUACUCUGAAGGAAGUGAACUGCAUAGGCAAUGGACUGUCAGAAGUUCCAAAAGAUGUUCCACUUAACACAAAAAUUUUAUACUUGCAGAACAACCAUAUUCAUACAAUAUCAAACACUUCAUUCACUGGUUUGUCUCAGCUGCAAAUUCUGGACUUGUCCAACAACAUGAUUUCAAAUUUGUCAUCAAAUAUAUUUGAUGGACUGCAUAAUCUUAUCAACCUAAACCUUGCAAAUAACUCCAUUAACCACAUGGACAACAAAAUCCUUCAUUCAAAUGGAAACCUCAAACAACUGGAUAUAUCAUUUAACAAUCUUACGAGUCUGCCUGAGGAUUUGUUCAAGAACCUAAAGAAUUUGACCUGGCUUGCUAUGCACCAAAACCAAAUUCAUCAAUUCAGCAGGGUGCUUCUGGAUUCACUGUCAAACCUGCAAGUACUUCUGUUCAAGAAAAACCUGUGGAAUUGUGACUGUCAUCUGACUGGAUUAAAACUUUGGUUGGAGAGCUUCCUGUACAAAGGAGGCCAGAUUGAUGCAAUAUUGUGCACAGAACCAGAGGAUUUAAGAAGUAAGGACCUCAUGAAAAUUCCCCAUGAAUUAUUCCAGGAGUGUUCCUCUGUUAAGUACAAGUCAUCCCAUGAUGACUCCAACCACAGAAGUCCCACCAUCCAAAACCUGCACCACAAAACUGAACACGACCAUAAUCCAGAUUGCAGUCGAAAGGCCAAACAACGGUCUGGCAGUUUACGUCAUGCUAUCGCCACAAUUGUGGUGACUGGUGUUAUUUGUGGCAUUGUCUGUCUCAUGAUGCUGGUGGCAGCAAUUUAUGGCUGUUCUUAUGCAGCUGUUAUGGCUAGGUAUCAAAGGGAGCUAAAGAAACUGGAUCAUCUGGGCCCAGAUGUCGAACAGGAAAAUGCUGAAGAGAAGGAACCUUUUGACGGUUCAUUGGUAUGAGCUUCCAUUUCCUGCCUCGCUUUUCAAACAUCAAGACAAAAUGUUGGAAACAAACUACUAGAAAUUAACAUUUCUUUUAUAAGGAAGAUGGCAUCUAACAUCCUGGACUGUGUUAAUUGGUAAAAACUUUGGACCUUGACUAGUUUGCAUGUAAAUUAUGUAUUAUGUACCAUACAUAUGUUCAGAAUGGCUUUAAUCAGUGCCAGAGAUAAUGAAAAAGACAAUACAGAAGAGAGCUAGACAUAACUAUUAAACACAUCAAAGGAAUGCCAUCCAUUCCAGCUUAUUUUGCUAAAAGGAUCUUUUGUCGUUUUCUUCUGUGUAUUUACUGUAGUAUGGUUUUGCUAUGUUAACAACUCUUUAUAAAAAUAAGUUAGUGCUAUGAUUUACUCUAGCACUAUGCUACAACUGGGAACACUUUGAUAUCCUUUAUUAAAGAUCUGUGAAAGAUACCAAUGUGUUCCCAGAUGUAAUAAGCACUUGGGUCAGCUGAGUCUAAAGCACUCAGCCUAUGUGUGUCUCUGUGGCAGGUGCAGGCCCAGACAUCUGCUAGGCUGACUUGUUCCCACACAUGGAUAGCA